CCCAUGUGAAAAUUUUCUGAAUCUACCACUGCCCAUAACCCAAUUAAACUCAACCCAAACUCCUCGAUUCACAACUCUAACUUUUCUAAGUCUACACUGAUAUGACAACUGACAAGCAUGCUCCAAAUUAAAAGAAUUUUAAAAAAAAUUGUUUUUAAAGAUAAACCCCCUUCGUAGAAUAUCACGCUACGCAAUCUACGGGAACUCCGCGAGAAAAAAGACAUGGAGACGUUUCAAGUGCCACCACGGUCGGCCAAUGCGGUAUCGCCACGUUACCUGACUACUGACUUUGUUGUAAUUUUCUUCUCGUUUUCUUCCUCUUUCUUCGGAGGAGAGGGAACGAAAAAGACUUUUCCCUCUCUUUCUCCUUCUUGUGUUGAAAAUUUUGGCGGGCAAUCGUAGAGGAAUUCAAAUCAAAAUCAAAACCCUAGCGGAACCCUCAUCAAAUUUCCCAUUUCUCUUUCCUUCCCCUCUUUCCCUCUGUCACUCUCUCUCCGCGGGAAGUUUCACUGGCUGCUCCAGGUGAGUUCAUCUCUAUGUUUCCUACGAUCCGAGCGCUCAGUGGGAAUUACUAGGGUGAAUGAUUUCUUCGGAGCUAAUCCUUUGGUAUUUGACCGAAUUGAAGUUUGUUUACCUCACAGGACUGACUGGAAGCUGGAGGGUGGUUCAUGUCUCCUGAUUUCUUGAAUUCGUCGAGGAAGGUUAAGACUUAACGCUCGUUUUCUUUGAAUUCGAUUUCUUUCUUGAUGUCGCGGACUCUGUUCCUACCCUUCAUUUGCUGUUCUGUGAUGGAUUCAAGGAAGUAGUUGAAAUUUUGUGGCUUCAGGUAUCGGUUAUAUGUAUGGUCAAGUUGUUUGGUUCCGUUGUUUAUUGAAAAGGAGGGACAAUCCUGCUGGUGAGGAAAAUAGGUUGCUAGAGGAGCCAUGGGGAAAGUUUCUCCAAAAGAUGGGGACUCUGACACUCCUAGACGACGAAGGCGGUUGCGGAGUUCAAGUAGCAGGUACCUGAAACCUGGCGCUCUUGCUCAGCUGCGAUACAGCAAAGCGUCGGUGACAAAGUCAUGUACCGAUCUAGGAAGAAAGAGGGUUGCUGUGUUUGGCACCGAGAAGACAGAUGUCCUUGACAAUCUUGCUGUGGAAAAUAAGUUGGCUGCUCAUGACAAUAGUCCAUUGUUACUCUCCCCCGUGAAUUUGUUCAAACAGAAUCGCGCCGAGAGGACACCUAGGACGCCUCGUGUUGAAGAUUGUGAAUCUGAGUCGAGGCUGGAGUCUCUUCCCAUGGAUUUGCUGGUUAAUGUCCUGUGUCACCUUCAUCAUGACCAGCUAAGGGCAGUUUUCCAUGUUUCUCGAAAGAUUCGGAAGGCUGUCGUGAUCGCCAGGCAAUUUCAUUUCAAUUAUACCACCCCAGAUCGUUCCAGACAGGAGAUAUUGCGAACAAUGACACCGCUCCCUGCAGAGCACUAUCCUUUUGUUGGGAAGGGAGAUGGAAAGAGUGUCUUACUGCCAAGCCCUCAUACUCCUAAAGCACCAAGACAAGGUCCCAGGCCACCUUCUCGCCUGAAAAUCACAGAGAUGAAGCAAAUUGCAGCCGUGCUUUUCCAGGAUUCUGCUUUCCCCCCAAGAUGUGUGGUUCCUUCUGCUCUGUCCAAACCGAUAUGCAAGUCUUUGGCUUCUAAUCGUGUUCUCUUCUAUGAGGAUGAGUUAUGCCAUGCUGUUGCUCAAAAUAAGCUUCGGUAGUAGUCCAGUCUUUUUCUAGAACUCUGGUUUCCUCCUUGUGUAUAGUUUGCUCUCUCUAAGCUCUUCAGCUAGUUUUAGUCAGGAAAGGGAAGGUACCAAUUUUGUGGUGGACUAAACCAGUAGUUGGGGUAGCGAUUGUUAGUUCAUCAUAGUUGCCUUAGGAAUUGAACAGGAGUGUGCAAUGCAAUAAUAGUGGUCUGAGGCUAGUUGGUAACUUGUAUAUAUUCUUAUCUAUACAUAGAUAUUUUGAGAAGGCAGCUGAGUUUUCAAUGAACCAACUAGUGCUUGCUUUGGAAACUACUUGCGAUUGUUGUUUGUUGCAGUAUAUAAUUUCUAUUCAGGCCUUUUUUGGUGUAUUCUAUUUUUCCUUGUACUCGUUUGGUUUGUUAAUCACAAUCCAAUUAUAACUUUCUCAUGGCACAUUUUAUGCAAUUUGGUUAUUCUGCUCACAAAGGGAGAUAGGGUUCCACAUCCCACCUAUAUAUUUGGAUAGCUAGGGUUUUUUUAUUUUAAGAAGAGAAUGGAUAACAAGAAAGAGAGGAGCCAAAUAAUCUUUGAGGUUGUCUCACAAGUUAAUUGAGAUUUAAUGUCCAGUUACUUUUUUUUUCUCCUUUUCUUUCUCCCUUGGUCUAUGAGAUGAGAAUAUUAGUUUAGAUAUUCCCAAUAGUUUUUUGGUGCGUUUAAAUACUUGUUCGACGCUUACUAAUACGUGUUCAUUUUUAUGUGAAAUAUUUCUUGAUCUUAGAUAUAAGAAUACUAGUUCGACACUUUUGAAUAUUUGUUCGACGCCUUGGAAUACUUUUUGGCACUUUUGAGUACUCGUUCAACGCCUAUGAAUAUGUAUUGUCGUAUUCAUAGAUGUCAAACAAGUAUUCAAAAGUGACAAAUAUGUAUUCAAACGGGCAGAACUAGUAUUAAAAGCUUCCAACAAGUAUUCUCAUCUCUGAUACGAAUAAAUAUUCCUCACAAAUGAACACAUAUUAAUAGGCGUCGAGCAAGUAUUCAAUUGCCGCCAAAGUAUUCAAAGUUUUCGAACAAGUAUUCUCAUCCCUGAGACCUUUGAAAUGAAGAAAAGAAAAAAUAAAUAAAAGAGAAAGGUGAUUGACACCAUGGUUGUCAUGCCGGUGACAUGCCGGCCGGUUGAACCUGGUUCAACCGGUGUCGGUCAUGAAAUCAACAUGAACACCACUAGUAUGACUAGUGAUGCUCUAAAACACAACACCUAACAAAGGCCAAGUGUAACCAAUGAAAGGGACUGCAGUAU